AUAUAUCUGAAACACGUAGUAUAAAGAAGUGGGUGUUGCUUUCGUCAUUUGAUAGUUCGCACUUGUAUCAGAAGGUUGGUACUGUUACUGUACGUUUCGGAGGCUGAUACAAAUUAGCAUCUCUUAUUUUAUUAAACGCACUAGAAGUCAUGCGUUGAUUGUAAUUGAAGUAAUAAAAGGUACCCUCUGUCAAGAUGAUAGGGGGUUUAUUUGUGUAUAAUCAUAAAGGAGAAGUUCUUAUCUCCAGAGUAUAUAGAGAUGACAUUGGACGAAAUGCAGUUGAUGCAUUUCGUGUUAAUGUUAUCCAUGCCAGACAACAAGUACGCUCUCCUGUUACUAACAUUGCCAGAACAUCAUUCUUUCAUAUAAAACGGGCUAAUAUUUGGUUGGCUGCUGUUACCAAACAAAAUGUUAAUGCUGCAAUGGUUUUUGAAUUUUUAUUAAAAAUCAUUGAUGUUAUGCAAUCAUACUUUGGUAAGAUUUCUGAGGAAAAUAUCAAGAACAACUUUGUGUUAAUUUAUGAAUUAUUGGAUGAAAUUUUGGAUUUUGGAUAUCCUCAGAACUGUGACACUGGAGUAUUAAAAACGUUUAUUACCCAACAAGGUGUUAAAUCAGCAACAAAGGAAGAACAAGCUCAAAUAACUUCACAAGUAACUGGUCAAAUUGGAUGGAGAAGAGAGGGUAUUAAAUAUAGACGGAAUGAAUUAUUCCUUGAUGUACUUGAAUAUGUGAAUCUUUUAAUGAGUCCUCAAGGACAAGUGUUAAGUGCACAUGUUGCUGGGAAGGUUGUGAUGAAAUCUUAUUUAUCUGGAAUGCCAGAAUGUAAGUUUGGAAUCAAUGAUAAAAUUGUUAUGGAAGCUAAAGGUAUGAAAGGUGGAAGCGGUUUGGGAGGUGGUGGUGAUGAUCCUACAGGUGCUAGAUCUGGAAAACCUGUGGUUGUAAUUGAUGAUUGUCAAUUUCAUCAAUGUGUCAAGCUUAGUAAAUUUGAGACAGAGCAUGCCAUAAGUUUCAUACCUCCUGAUGGGGAAUUUGAGUUGAUGAGAUACCGUACCACUAAGGAUAUAUCAUUGCCAUUUCGCGUUAUUCCAUUAGUACGAGAAGUAGGACGUACAAAAAUGGAAGUGAAGGCAGUACUAAAAUCAAACUUUAAACCUUCUUUGUUGGGACAGAAGAUUGAAGUUAGAGUACCUACUCCUUUAAAUACUGCUGGAGUACAAUUAAUUUGUUUAAAAGGGAAAGCAAAGUAUAAAGCAUCUGAAAAUGCUAUUGUAUGGAAAAUUAAGCGUAUGGCUGGUAUGAAAGAAACUCAGCUAUCGGCUGAAAUUGAUUUACUUGAAACUGAUACGAAGAAAAGAUGGACCCGACCACCAAUAUCUAUGAAUUUCGAAGUACCAUUUGCACCUUCUGGAUUCAAAGUUCGUUAUUUAAAAGUAUUUGAAUCCAAAUUAAAUUAUUCUGAUCAUGAUGUUAUAAAAUGGGUGAGAUAUAUAGGCAGAAGUGGUCUAUAUGAAACACGAUGUUAAUGUAUCAUCGCAUUAAUUGUAAAUGAAUAAUCUCAAGGCAUAAAUACGAUUUUCUCAAAAUCAUCUCUUUAAAGCGCAUAUUUAUAAAACAGUUUUCUGAAAUAUUCAGAUUAACUGAUAUAUGAAUUAAAAAAAAAGAAAAAGAUAGAUACCAAGAGGGGAAAAUCUUUGUGCCAAUGUUUUUUUGUAAUCUGAUUUUUUCAUGUACAUAUUAUAUUUUAUUGUAAUAUGAGUGAGUUCUUUUUAAGAACCUUUUGUACAACAUUUUAUUCUAUCUGAGUUUUAGUAAAAUUCCUACUUAUGUGAAAAUUAAUAUUUGUCAUUUUCAUCGAAUUGUAAAUUUUAAUCUUGAAUGUAAGUGUAUUACAUCAUAUCUCAUUAUACAUUAAUUGUAUUUUUUAUUCUUUUUAUGAUGAAUAAGAAAAUAUGACUAAGUUAUGAAAUAAGAAAAUUCAUGACCUCUUUGGUAUCAUUAUAACAAAGAAAUUUAAACAUCGCAAUAUUUAAAAUGCGCUCAAGAAGUUUAGAUUAUUGAAAAUAUUUGUUGUCAUUUAUGAAAAUGAAUAGAGAAUAUCUUGAUUCAUUGUAAAGGAAUGAUUUUGUCUCUCUAUGUUAAAAUUCAUAUGCAUAAUAAAGUAUGUAUGUAAUUUAAAA